CUUUAUAUUUAAAAAUGUUUAACAAUUCUUCGGUGCGCUUAAUAGAAGAGGAUUAUUUUGCGAAUAUUAACUAUAGUAAAAACAUUGAGUAUAUGACUCCCACCACAGAAGUUAUGGUAAAUUUUUCUUCAAAUGGUUUGAAGGCGAAAAAGGCUUGUUUUAUUUAUGCGGAAAAGUUGGAUUUAAAAGGAUUAGUACAAUUGAGAGUGGCUGAAAAGUCGGAUCAUCGUAAGAUGUACAUUACGACAGUGGAUAGCGCGUCAUUUCAAGAGCUGAAGCAAGAGCAAUCACUACAUGUAACAUUUUCUGGCUUCAAAGAAAAUAUGGUACAAAUUCUACAAGAUUGCAAAUUAGGUAAAUUAGAGGUCUGCUUGGUCCAAGAUAGCCGAAUGAACGAAUCUAAUGCAUCAACGUCAAUAAUUCCUGCCUAUAAAUUGCAAUUUGUAGAAAUAAGACCAUUUAAAAAUCUGGUCCAUCUUAGCCUGCCUUGCCAAUUGGCUUCUUUAAACGUGAUUUUAUUUUACAUGAACAAUAUUUUGGAGAAGUUACAGAGAAAGUGUUCUCAUCACGAAGACAGGGCACAACAGCUGCAGCAUGAAAAUCAUAAUCACAUAAGACGCAUAGAUCAAUUAGAUAAGGAAUGUGCAAACCUUAGGGAAAACCUUUUAGAAUCAACGCAAGCCUUGAACCAUAAACAUUCGGAAGAGAUUUUACAGUUGCAAGAAAACGUUCAAAAAUUAGUUGAACAAAGACAAGAAGAUAGCGAAAGGCAUUGUAGAGCUAUUGCUUCCACGCAAGCACAGUUGGAUAAAUUACAAACGGAAAAAUGUACUUUACAAGCGGAGAGGAUACAUGAACAAAAAUGUAAUGAAAUUUUGAAAGAAGAAAUAUCGACGUUAAAAGGGCGUAUAGCCAAUUUGAAAGAACAAAAUGAAAAGUUGCAUAAAGAAAUUUCGAUUUUAAAAAACGGAGAGCGUAAGGCUGAUAUGCAUUUACAAGAUUUUCGAAAAGAAGUAAAUGAUUUAAAAGAAAUAUUAAAAAAAUGUGAUAAGAACAAAGCUGAGCUCGUAGCUGAGUUAGAGGCUGAAAGAAAAAUUUCGUAUACUAAACGACAAGCAUUGGAAGUGGCAUCUGAUGAAAUAUCAAAGGCAAAUCAAAUUAUUAUAAAACAAACGCAAGAAGCGGUAAAAUUAAAGAAAACCAUUACUUGGAGAACCGAAGUGGCCGUACAACAGGAACAAGCCAUUAAACAGAAGGAUGAACUUUUGAAAGAUAAAGGAGAAGAAAUAGAGUUCCUUAAAGAAGUUGUGGAUACUUUGAGGAAAGAGAUACCCAAAGAGAUCGACUCGUUACGUAAAUUUGCUAAAUCCCUGGAGACAAAAUAUUCAGAACGUUGGUAAAAUUAAAUAAAAUUUGGACAAAAUUUCUCUGAUUUUAUAUUUUCAGAAA